UUUUUGUGGAAAUGUAGACAGUAAUACCCAGCCAAUAAUUCACACCACCUCGUAAAAAGUCGACAUUUAACCACCCCAGGCCUACAAAUCAUCGGCACGAAAUUAUGAGUUCGCUGUACUACGCCAACGCGUUGUUUUCCAAAUACCAACAAGCCGCAGCAAGUUGCUCCGUGGUGUUCCCAAACACACUGAGCGGCGGCACCUUUCCAGACUCUUGUCCAACUUCAUCGUGCACUCUCGCUUCCAACUCCUCUCGAAGUGGCUAUCAUCAUGUCACCAAUGGAGGAAACGGCAGAGAGUUUCCUCCUUGCUCAUCGUCAUUAGUUUCAUUUUCUAGACUGCACGGAGGCAACGGGAACAGUUUACCAUCAAUUCUUUCUCCCAGUCCAGAAAUGUAUUCAAGCGGAGCCGAGGCUGUGUCUUACGGGCUGGGAUCCGGUUCGCUGAGCUCACUUCACGGAUCUCUGUUUGACCGGCACUCCGACAGCCAACAUCUGGGCUCCAGAAUCGCAUCUAACUCAGACUCUGGCUUCGGAAAGCAAACAUCCUCCGAAGACCACCAUUCACUUACCGAAGAGAGUCUACGCAUUUACCCCUGGAUGCGAAGCUCAGGUGCAGAUAGAAGGCGAGGACGACAGACGUACACCCGCUACCAGACGCUGGAGCUGGAGAAAGAGUUCCACUUCAACCGCUAUCUCACGAGGCGGCGGAGGAUAGAAAUAGCCCACGCGCUCUGCCUCACCGAGAGGCAAAUCAAAAUCUGGUUUCAGAACCGGAGGAUGAAGUGGAAGAAAGAGAACAAGACGAGCGGAGCGAGCUCCCCCAUCACGGUUGAGCUUGCAGUCGGCGAAGAGGGGGAAGAGAACUAGAGCUUUAGGGAAACGUACCUAUUGAGAACUUCAUGUUUAUACUUGUUGUAUGAAGAAGUAGCCGUAGAAGGCUCGGCACUUACAGAGCUCCCCUUUUUUUUUAAACAGUAUUAUUGUUAUUUAGUCAUUUUAUUCAUGCAUGUUUUUUGACGACAACAUGGUUCGGUAUAUGUUCACAUAACCGUUUCCAUAGGGGCCAGUCCAUAGUUUCAGGCAACAUGAUUUGUUCAUCCUCUGAAGGUCCAUACUACCUUUCACAAACAUAUGUUUGGAUGUCAACUAAAAGGACAAACUGCACUCAGAAUCUUUGGAAAAUUGUUUAUAUAAAUGUGUUGGCCUGUUAACAUUCAACAUAUUGCUUAGAUUUAAGUCGCCUCUUUUGAUUGAGGACCAUGCACCUUCAACAAUAAAAACAUGAUGCACAUGCAUGGACUUCUUUUCAGAAAGGCGUUAGUUUGAUGUGUAUUGAAAUAUGGAUAUACAUGUUACCUUUAUUUUUUUUAUAUUUUUUUAUGUUCAGCAUGUUUCUACACUGGGAAAACGAAACAGUACACUACCUAUGAUUUGUAUGCGUACGUUUUAUUAUGAUGAAGCGGAUGUGAUUUGAUUAUUAAAGAACAAAAAACUGAACUUGGUUCAACUGAAUAUGCUAAUAACUCCACAAUAACUAAAUGUAGUGUGGUUGCAAAAAAAAAAAAAAAAUUGCAAUUUAAUAUGUAGACAACAACUGGUUUAUUUUUUUUUAGUUUCAAGGAUGAUCCUAAGUAUCCAAUGAGCGUUGUGCUGUGUCUAGCAUAGCACUGUAGCACGUUGCGAUCUUCUACAGUAACGGCCAGCAAAAACGAGGAUGGUCCUUAAAUGUUGUGUUGGUUUUUUUUAUGAAGAAGUAGCCUAAUUGAAAUAAAAGAUUAUUCAAGUGA